GUCCCGUCGGGUGCCGUCGGGGGUCCCGGCGCAGCCGCUGCCGCCCGCGGGGACCUGGACACAGGCACAGGAGAAAUGGCUGCAAGCAGUAAAGAAGAAGAGAUGUCUCCAGCACCCACAUUUAAGGCCCUGGUACCCCAAUCACUGUGAGCUACUCCAGAGUACAGAUCCUACAGGUGUCACAUUAGCCUUAGGUCCCUCUCACUGCUCACUGAGAGCCACCAUGCACCAUGAAGAAUGGCGUCUUCAGUACAUACCACAGCAGACAAUGAAGAGGUGGGAGUCCUGCACACCUUACCCAGGCAUGGGAUAAACCUUGCAGGUCUCUUAAUGUCCUCAGUGGAGUGGAGAGCUUGUCUGCUCUCUCACGCCAGAAGCCCAGAGUGAUGUAGUUCUGGAUUCUCUCAUUACCUGUAACAAAACUAAGUGUUUUGAAGUAGAGGAUGAAAGAACCAACAGUGCAGCCUCCUGUGGAACUUGGAGGAAAAAUGGACUCAGCCCACCUGUGGAGCUAUUGCCAUUCUUGAUACAUGAAGGGGUUGAGAUUGUGUGGUCCCAAACCAACCUCUUCCCGAGUGCCCGCUGGAACUGCUCCCCGGUGCUGCCUCUGCCCCUGGGGAAAGCCAUCACACCUUAGAGGCUCCUUCCAGCUUCCCGUGUUAAGGUGGAGUUUGUAAUGGCAGCUGCAUCUUCACCAGCUUCCCAGAGCACCAGGCAGAUGAAGCUGAUGGAUCACUUGCUGUGUCAGCUGGAGCUGUGAUCCCAGUGCCUGGAGCCUGGAGGAAGGCUCAGGCUAAAUCCACCAUGCCUCGCUUACUGCUUCAGUCAUACAAGUCACAGAUGGUGGGGUUUCUUGAGGAGUUUGAUCAUUACUCUUCCUUGGCCAAACUCAUCUCCAUUUACCAAGCAACCAACAGGACCACCUUCAACUGGACAGACAGCCGCAUUGUUGAGUGGGAGAAGUUUGCUGAGCUAGCUAAAUACGAGCCUGAAUCCCAGAAACCAACAGUGAAAGCUCUCCUGAUCAUGGCAUACUCCAUCAUCAUCAUCAUGUCUCUCUUUGGGAACAUGCUGGUGUGCCACGUGGUGCUGAAGAACAAAAGGAUGCACUCAGCCACCAGCCUUUUCAUUGUCAACCUGGCAGUGUCUGACAUUAUGAUCACUCUGCUCAACACGCCUUUUACCCUGGUUCGGUUUGUGAACAGCACGUGGGUGUUUGGGAAGGCCAUGUGCCACGUCAGCCGCUUCGUGCAGUACUGCUCCCUCCACGUCUCCACGCUGACGCUCACAGCCAUCGCCCUGGACCGGCACCAGGUCAUCCUGAACCCGCUGAAGCAGAGGAUGUCGCUGACAAAGGGAGCGCUGAGCGUCUCUGUUAUCUGGCUGAUGGCAACCUGUUUCUCCCUGCCUCAUGCCAUCUAUCAAAAGCUUUUCCAGUAUAACUACAGAGAAGCCACUGUCCGGAGUUUGUGCCUCCCUGAUUUUCCUGAGCCCGCAGAGCUGGUCUGGAAGUAUCUGGACCUGUCUACCUUUCUCCUUCUUUACCUCCUGCCUCUGACCAUCAUCACCAUCACCUACACGCGCUUGGCAAAGAAGCUGUGGCUCCGCAAUGCCAUCGGAGACAUCACCACGCAGCAGUACAUCACCCACCACAGGAACAAGAAGAAGAGCAUCAAGAUGCUGAUGCUGGUGGUGGUGGUCUUUGCUGUCUGCUGGUUCCCUCUCAACUGCUACGUGGUGCUCAUCUCCAGCCUCGGCAUCAAGACAAAGAACUCCCUCUAUUUCGCCCUGCACUGGUUCGCUAUGAGCAGCACCUGCUACAACCCUUUCAUCUACUGCUGGCUGAACGAGAGCUUCCGCUCGGAGCUCAGGUCCCUGCUCUGCAUGUGCCAGAAGGUGUGUGAGGGCCGGGCCGAGGCGGUGCCAGGGCCGUCCCGCCGCGAGGCCUGGCUGGACCCCGCAGGGCCCGGGGCCGGCAGCGGCUGCACCGCGCACACCCGCACGGCCAACACCGGCCUGUGACCGCGGCCCGAGCGCAGCGGGCGGCACCCAGCCACAGAAAAGGGGACUCCCCGUUUCUCCUCAGGAAGCAAUGCUGCUGCUCUGGUGUUUCACAACUGACUCCUGACUCGUGUCCCGGCAGCAUCCCCUUUACUGGGGGCAGUGGGAGCAGAGACCCUCAAACACCUUCCCUGCGAGCCCACAGCUGCAGCUGGUCCCAGAGCCAGGUACGUGUGCAGGGGACAUGGAGCCUCACAGACAGGGUGGUUUCUUUCAGAGUUUCCCCUGGUAUUCCUAGCAGAGGGAGCAGGAGCCAGGUUUCUAUCAUUGCUCCUGCUGUCCCAUGUCUCUGACCCAUCUCUGCACUCGUGACACAUUUCACACCACCAACAGAUCACUGCAGGGCAACAGCAACGGGUCGGUUCCGACCUGUGGUUCCAGGAUGGACGUGGACACCCAGGUCAGCUCAAUCUGCACCGAGUUUAACCAGAUCAUUUUACCAAAACCUCCCAGCAGCAGAAAGGGUUGUUUUGCCUUCUCUGCUCCUCCUCCUCUCACUCCCUCUGCUCCAGCUCUGCCAUCCAUCCCUGUCCCCCCACCUCUAUUGUCUAGAGCUACUGAGGUCUGUCCCCAGCAGAGAAGGGAGCAGAAACACACACUGGGCAUCAGCCUCAGAUGCCACUCAGACAAAUGUAACCUAUUGAGAAUUCAUAUUUGGUUUUAUUACAAAUAUAUUCAUUCAGGAAAUAAACUUACACUGGCACUAAACAAAAGUCCACAAAAUAUUUCAUCAGGGCUAUAGCAAACACUGAAGAAGGAAAUCAUUCUCCAUAAUUACUAAUUGCUAUGAAAGAGUUUCACUUAAACAACAGAAUUGACUCUGACUAAGAGGGAAGGUUUUGUUUACAGUCAUGGGAAAAAUAUGGUUUAAUUUACCUACGCUUGGGAGGCAGGAGAGAAAAAGGGAUACAGAACAAAGGAGAGAUUUAGUAUGAGAGGAAAAAAUACAGGAAAAAGAGACAUUAAAGGCAAAAAGAAACCACCAUUGUUACGUGGCUGAAGCAGUGGGUGGGCACUGUGGAGCAGGACCUGGAAGGACCCCCUGGCCUGGGCAGAGAUACCCAUUUUGCCAUCAUACCAUCCCUCUUAAAUUAAAAUUGCACCAAGAGCAGAGAGGCUGAGCACCAAGGCCAGGCUGAGCUUGAGCAAGGGAUGUCUCACUUGGAAAAGACAGACAAAAGGUUGGAAAAAUAUUUAUUCUUUACUUCUCCACCCAGACUUUGGGCUAAGUAGUCAUAAGUCCUUUGCAGGAAUAAA